AUGUCAUCAAGCGAAAGGAAACAAAUCAAAGUUGGUAUCUUGGGUGCUACCGGUACCGUUGGCCAGAGAUUCAUCCAACUUCUCUCCACCCACCCGUACUUCGUCAUUCACGCUCUCGGAGCUUCAUCCCGAUCAGCAGGACAAAGAUAUGGCAAAGUCACCAAAUGGAAGUUGAACACCCCCAUCCCUAAGGAAAUCGGUAACAUGGUAGUACAGGAAUGUAAACCUGAGGCUGAGGGAUUCAGGGAUUGUGGAGUGGUUUUCAGUGGGUUGGAUGCGGAUGUUGCUGGAGAUAUCGAGGAAGCAUUCCGUUCAGCCAACCUCAUCGUCUUCUCCAACGCCAAGAACUACCGACGAGAUCCCCUCUGUCCCCUUAUAGUUCCCCUCGUCAACCCUUCUCAUCUCUCCAUUAUCCCCCAUCAGAAGAAAACUCUAGGUUUAGAAAAAGGAUACAUAGUCACCAAUGCCAACUGUUCUACUACCGGAUUGGUCGUCCCAUUGGCAGCAUUAGAAAAGGCCUUUGGACCAUUGGAAACAGUAAUGGUCACCACCCUCCAGGCAAUUUCCGGUGCAGGUUAUCCCGGUGUAUCAUCUCUGGACAUAUUGGAUAAUGUCGUUCCCCACAUAGGAGGGGAGGAAGAAAAAAUCGAAUGGGAGACAAACAAGAUCUUAGGUGGACUCAAUUCAGAUAAUACACAAUUUGAUUUACAUACCACGGAAAGCGUGAAAGCUAUAAAUGUUUCGGCCACUACUACCAGAGUACCAGUCAUAGAUGGACAUACAGGUGUUGUCUCUGUCAAAUUCAGCAAAUCCCCCGCGCCAUCAAUGGAAGAAAUCGAUAAAGCAUUUAGGGAAUUCAGAUGUGAAGCUCAAGAAUUGAAUGUACCUUCAGCACCACCUCAGGCUAUUGUCGUUCACGAUGCACCCGACAGACCUCAACCUCGAUUAGAUCGAGAUUUACAUAAUGGUGCGUGUGUAAGUGUAGGUAGAGUUAGACCUUGUCCUGUAUUGGAUGUGAAAUUUGUUUGUUUGAUAGAUAAUGUUAGGUUGGGAGCGGCUACUAGUAGUAUCAUGAAUGCUGAGAUUGCCGUGGAGAAGGGUUUGAUAGUUUAG